AGUCCGGACUGGCUGCGGAGGGAAAAGGAGGGUAAAGGUCGCUCGGAGUAGUUAAGCAAGAGGCAGGGCAGGACGGGGCAGGACAGGCAACCUCGCCUCCGGAGCAGCCAUGGCGGAGAAGAAAGGGCCCUCCCAGGAGGCCAUCAGCCCCCUGAAGAACUUCUUCGCAGGCGGCUUCGGAGGCGUCUGCUUAGUCUUCGUGGGACACCCACUGGACACCAUCAAGGUCAGGCUACAGACUCAACCGAAACCUUUGCCUGGGAAGCCUGCACUCUACUCUGGGACCUUUGACUGCUUCAGAAAGACUCUCGUCGCUGAGGGAGUCCGUGGUUUGUAUAAAGGGAUGGCGGCUCCGAUUGUUGGUGUGACCCCCAUGUUUGCUGUGUGUUUCUUUGGAUUCGGCUUGGGGAAAAAACUCCAGCAGAGGACACCCAACGACGUUCUGACAUAUCCCCAGCUUUUUGCUGCAGGCAUGCUUUCUGGGGUAUUCACCACUGUAAUCAUGGCUCCGGGAGAGAGAAUCAAGUGCCUUUUACAGAUCCAGGCAGCCUCUGGUGAAAUUAAAUAUGGAGGCCCUAUGGACUGUGCCAAACAGCUUUAUCGUGAGGCUGGCAUUCGAGGUGUUUACAAAGGAACGGUGCUCACCCUUAUGAGAGAUGUUCCAGCCAGUGGGAUGUACUUCAUGACCUAUGAGUGGCUUAAACAUAUUUUGACACCUGAAGGGCAGAGUGUCCGCGACCUCAGUGUACCCAGGAUUCUGUUUGCAGGUGGCAUGGCAGGGAUUUUUAACUGGGCUGUUGCGAUCCCUCCAGAUGUGUUGAAGUCUCGUUUCCAGACGGCUCCUCCAGGAAAGUAUCCCAACGGCUUCAGAGACGUUUUCCGGGAGCUAAUUCGAGAGGAAGGAGUGGCGUCACUGUACAAGGGAUUUACCGCUGUGAUGAUCAGGGCUUUCCCAGCCAACGCAGCCUGCUUCCUUGGUUUUGAAGUCGCCAUGAAGUUCCUUAACUGGCUCGCCCCAAGUCUGUGAAGACAGGAAGGACGUGUUCCUAAGGGAACCUGAGGACAAGAGGAAGGAGGCAAUCACAUUAGAGGAGCAAAAUGGAACGAUGAAGCAAAAUAAGCUGUAGAAAUGACUUACUUUUUAAUAACCGGUUUUUGCCUUACUCGCUUCCUCUGGAGGAGGCUGUUGUUGCCAUUCGGAAUCUUGAGCUAAUUCUCAUCCCCGUUGGGAGCUUGAGAUGCAUACUUGCCUUCUGAACCCAAAGUUGCCAUAGGGGUAAAGCUGCUAGUAGAAAACCUUACUGCUAUUAAUAGGUGUCAAAUUUCUUAAAACAUUUUUUUUCCUUCUCGUUUGCCUCUUUUGGAAAUAAAGAAGGAAUAUUUUAAUUUCCCUUUUUUUUUAAUCUUAGUAAAGAACCGCAUGGAUGGUGGCAAUGGUACCAGGUGGAGGGUGGAGCUGGAGAUCUAGCCACUGUGCAUUUAAUUCUCAGGAUAAACUUCACACUUAAGUGCAUGCAACCACAUAAGAAGAUUGUUUAGCUUUGGUUUACAGACGCUACACAGUCUGCCACUACAGUUCCCGUGUAAGCAGCAUGGAAAUGAAUGAGACUUGCACAUGGACACAAAUGUUACUUCAGCAGUCCCAUGAACUUCAGUGGGGCUUGUGCGUUACUCAGUUAUGGCAGGUCCUGGGUUUUAAGUCUCUUGCUUGUUACCUUGAGGUGUAUGGCCCACACUCAGUGGCACGGCAUGCUGGCUUGAACUAGUUCACACACUGAAAGCUAGAGAACUGGACACAACAGAUAUAAAAUUAACAGAGCUGCAGAAUCUUGUAUUAAUGUCUAAUCUCCAGGUUUCUUCAGAGAUCCUGUCGCAGUUGCCUAGAAAGUCAGCACAGAAACAUGGGCGUUUCAAGCCCCCUUUCCCCCUAAAAUACUCUUUCAAUAGGUGCUUUUUGGUAACCGGUGAUCAGGGCUGGCCCUAAGGCAAGGCUGGGUGGCGCAAUAUGCCAGGGGGCGCUGCGCUGCGGUGCCCGCCAGACAGCCGUGCUGGGAAACGGGGGGGGGGGGGCAGCGCUGGAAGGAUCUUCACGCCAGGGCGCCAGAUAUGCUUAAGACGGCCCUGCCGGUGAUACCAGUUACCAGCUUCACAAGUGCCAACCUCAUGGUUAUAUCUGAGGUGCCAAUUGAUGAAUUCUGGUACAUAUCGUACCUGUGCUUGUAUUAUGGUGGUGUCAAAGUCAAGAGAGGUUUUAAAACUGGAAGCUGAAAGAGCCUGAAAUAGGACAACUUCAGAGUGACUGUUUCCACUGCUGUUUCUCCUCAAGAGGACUUUGCCGCAUGCCUGGUGUGUUUUAGCUGAAGCACAUCCCAUGCUCAGGCAGUAAAGGCAGGACUAUUGAUCUGUAAAGUGUUUCAGUGGGAUAAAAUUAUCCUGUUCAGGACUAUAGUGGUGCCUCGCUAGACGAAUUGAAUUUGUUCUGGGAGUCAAUUCAUCUUGCGAAAAAUUCGUCUUGCGAAUCCCAUGGGAAUGCAUUGAAUUUUUUUUUAAAAAAAGAAAUCUUGCCCAUAGGAACGCAUUAAUUGAAUUUCAAUGCAUUCCUAUGGGAAACCGCGAUUCGCUAGAUGAAUUUUUCACAAAACGAAUUCGUCUUGCAAGGCAACCUCCGAUCGCAAAACCCAUUCAUCUAGCGAAAAAUUUGUCUAGCAGGGCAUUCGUCUAGCGAGGCACCACUGUAUACAUUUGCUGAGUCUCAGCCAGAAUUUGGUCUUGGUGUUUUUGUUUACACCAUUGGCAGAGACUUGUCCUCCUUUUCAUAGAUAUCAGCCAGGCUAUUUUAAAAUUAGCCUCUGCCAUCAUGAGAGCCAGAGUCUUGUUCUAAGGGCUGAGAUUCUUUUGGAAUGCAAAUCCUAUACUAGCUUCUCCGGGGAACCCCAAAAGGCUGCUCGUGUUCUCUUGGUGUAUAGUUUUGUAUCUGUUGCUGUCUAUGAGAAUCUGUUGUUAAACACACAAAUUGAACUUUAACUCGGCUGGGACUGAAAGCCUCCUUCAGGACAGUUGAGAUCCUGCUUUAACUAAAAAUUGGCUGUCUGGCUGUCAGUCGUUCUGCUCAUUUCUCAUUGUGUCUUUUAUAUUUGAGGCAUUCCAAAGAGAAAUCAUCUCUCUGGAAUAUACUCCUCUACCAAAGUAAGACAAUUAAGCCUGCACAAGCUGCCUAUGAGCUUUUGAAAAAGUAACUGCUCCCUUAAAAAAAAUAAAGAUCAUAUGCAUAGUUUCAUGAUGGUGGUUUCAUCUCUUGUAAAACAUUAAUAAAUUGCUUCAUGAUGCCCAUCAUUAAAACAUUAAGCUGGUCAUUUCCUUCCUAUCUAAGACAAAGGAUUGCUUUC